AGGACGGAAGCAUAGUCUGGACAGGGCCGUCCGCUCAUUUGACCAAACGUUUUCUAUCGAUAAAUGUUUUUAGUACCACAUUUAUUAGCUGGAUCUGGCAACGGUGGCCGUUGAUGCAACACAUCGUAACAUAUAAAAAUAUUAUAAAUAAAUGAUAUAUUGUGACAUAAACCCGCCAUGCUCUCACUAAAAACAGUCUCCCAGCUCUUUAAGCAAACCGUUGCGUCGGGCAACAUAGCAAUUGUCAACACAGCCGGUCUUAAGUAUUUCGCCCCGCCCAUCAAAUACAAGAAUGUGGAGCAGCCGGAGAGACCCAAGCUGAGGAUCAUGGAACGCCAGCCUCAGCUGCCGCCAAACAUCCGUCCGCCGAAGAUGCAGAAACGCUUGCGAUACAUGCGCGGUCCGGAGAUGGUGCACAACACCCUGCUCCACAAGCAGUACGCAAUCGUGGCCACUGGCGGAGGGCGCUUACGCUGGGGUCACUACGAAAUGAUGCGUCUGACCAUCGGACGCAAGAUGAACGUCAACACUAUGUUCGCCACAUGGCGCAUUCCCGCUCCCUGGCAGCCGAUCACCAAGAAGGGCCAGGGCCAGCGGAUGGGCGGCGGAAAGGGAGCCAUCGACCACUACGUGACCCCCAUCAAGGCCGGUCGCGUCAUUGUCGAAAUCGCCGGCAAGUGCGAGUUUGUUGAGGUCAAGCAGUUCCUGCAGCAGGUGGCCAACCAGCUGCCCUUCCAGGCCACCGUCGUUUCCCAGGAGAUGCUCGACGAACAGAGCGCCGCCGAGGAGGAGCACGCUCGCCAGAAUGAGAACCCAUUUACCAUGAAGUACGUAAUCCAGAACAACCUCAACGGCUGCCACCGUUGGCUCUCGCCCGUGGACCACAAGUGGUUCGGCAAACACCUGUAGACGUACAGGUGUACAGGUUCAAUAAAUAAAGAAAUCCUUUGUUAAUAUGUUACGAAA